AUGUUUUAUUGUCUAUUAUUGGUUAUAGUGUACGAAAUCAUAAUUUUCAAGAUUACGACAAAUACUACAACAAAAUCACRAAUUGUUUCCAGUGGUCAACAGUUAUUGUUAUUAUUAUUAUCAAAACCGACUGAAUCAUUAUCACCAACAUUACUACCAUCACCUCUAUCGUCACCAAAAACUACUAUUUAUGUGAUAACACCGACCUAUACUCGGCCAACACAAAUGCCUGAUAUGACUCGGUUGGCACAGACACUGAUGCACAUACAGAAUAUAUUGUGGAUAGUUGUCGAAGACUCUACUAUACCAUCGAUAGGUGUCAUUGAUUUACUAAACAGAUCGGGAAUAACUUAUGUUCAUAUGUUGGCCGCACAUCCGAAAAAUCACAGUAAUACCAAAAAAGAUGGUCGAGGAGUGUCCAACAGGAAUAGGGCUCUUGAAUGGCUUCGGGAGAAAUACUUGGGUAGCGACCAGAAAGGUGUCAUCUAUUUUGCAGACGACGACAAUGCCUACGAUAUCCGACUGUUUGAUGAAAUACGCCAAACACGUAAAGUGUCUGUCUUUCCCGUUGGCCUAAUAGCCGGUACKGGUUUGUCGACCCCUAUAGUUAACAAAACAACAGGAAUGGUAAUUGGCUGGUGGGAUCCCUGUCCGGAUCGUAAGUUUGGCGUAGAUAUGGCAGGUUUUGCCGUAAACUUACAGUAUUUUCUCGGCCAUCCAAAUGCGUCGAUGAUCUAUAAAGCGGGAGAAUUGGAAACAAUAUUUAUAGAAAGUCUAAAAAUAAAUAGGCAUGAGCUGGAACCGUUGGCCAACAAUUGUACACAAAUACUUGUAUGGCAUACAAAAACUGUAUACAAUAGUAAACCACCCAAUUAUAGUAAUGUAAAGAAAAAAGUUAAAAAUUACAACAAAACUAAUCUACCGGCACUUUAUAGCAAUGUUAACAAAAGUUUAUCAGUAUUUAGAUAA